GCAAAGAUAAAAUUGCAUGGUUAAAUAAAGGUUUGUCGGAUUUGAAAUGUCGAGUGGAAAAGCUUUGUUCAUUCUUAGAAACCACACAUCAAGCUUAAAUCGAAAGUAGAUUUAAAAGAUAUUGAGUCACAACUAUAUGAUAUGCAAAAUGCAGUGGAUAAAUCCGACACAGAUCCAAAACAAGAAACGAGAAUUAUCCGACAGACGAAGAAAUAUCUCGUGCCCAUUAACGAAGAAAGAUGGAAACAAUUGUCUCAGAACGCUUUAAGUGCAGGACUUGAGGAAAGUACAUCAAAGGAUGGCAGGAUAUUAGACGACUAUGUUGCUUUGGUAACCUUUGGACACGAGACAAAAAUACAACAGGCUCUUACAAAUGACUUCAAUUCAAUUCGUUGUCAGAUGGAACGCAUAACGUUAGGAGGACCAAGCCCUCUUUACGGUGGUUUAAUAAUGGGCCGUGUAUGUACGAUAAGUGCAAAUGAAAACGCUCCAAGUUUUCACGGACUUAUUUUGACACCAACACUCAUUGUCAUUACUGAUGGUCGUCCGACGGAAACCAGACUACUUGCCGGACCAGAUGUUCAGGAUGAGAGUCAUAUGGAAGAGAUUCUGUCAGAUGUGGCAACAGCAGUUCGAGAGAUCGACGGAGCAAAUAAUCUCAUUUUUUUCAUAGGCGUUGGUGAUUAUAACAAGUCUUUUAUAGAACACACGUCUGCAAUAAUUGCAUCUAAACUCUACACUUUCAAAGAUGGGCGAAGACUUGCUAAGCAUGGAUAUUUUGAGUCACUGUUGACGUCACAAGGCUGCAAUAUGGCAGUCAAUAGAUUUACAAGCCUUUCGGCAGAGGAUAAGACACAAGAAGGCGUGCAGAAGAAGAAUUUGGAUGUUUGUUUGAAGCCAGCCACGACACAGACACACAUAACACGAGUUCGAAUGCAUCAAUUUGACAACAGACACACAUCUGACCUCAAUGGGCCUGAGACUGUUCUAGGGAAUUUAGAAGUUGUUAAACAUUCCUACUACAGACCGACUUACAAAAAAACUUACAAAUGCAGCUCGGCCGAUGGUACUUGAUGUGGAUGUACGGGCUGUCGGCUCUAGAGAAUUAAGGGUCUUUUUUCCUGCCUUUUUGAAGCGGCUUUUGUACCCUCACGUUGUAAAACAAACGAGUCGCAGAGUUUUCAUAACUGUUAUAAAACGGAUUUGCGAAAUUCUGAUAAUUCUGUAAAAACGGCUCGUGAACAGUCUAAGAAAUUGUGAGAAUCUGUUUUUUAUGAAUUUGUGACAUGUUUAAUAUGCAUAAUUUGUAUCAUUUCUUUAUAAAAUGCAUUAAAAGUAUAUUCUCA